AUGACAGGAGUCAUCGCCAACUCCACUUCAAGUAUAGCCCCUCUUUCUACCUGGUUCCCUGACCUGCUGGUAGAUAUCUGCGAUCUCGUGUCAUUAGAAUGGGACCCCUCAGAUCAGCAGCCCUUCCCCGGGUAUGGUUGCCGCACGCCCGGAGCCUGCCGAGACACACGAAAGAGUUAUUUUUAUGUGUGUCCAGCACACUCCAGGACGCCCUCCCAGAUUUAUAAAUGUGGGGGGCCUGAGUCUUUUUAUUGUAAAGCCUGGGGUUGCGAGUCCACCGGAUGGAUGUCCUGGUCCCCGCCCGUGCGUGACGAUCUCAUCACGGUAACAAGAUAUGGAGAUUAUACCACACUAGGGACAGGAUUUUGCCCAGGGAAAGGAGACUGUGGCCCCUGCCAUUUGCCCCCCAAACAUUUGGGUACCCCCAAGGGCCGCUGCAACAUCCUCAAAAUUCAGUUUACGGAUAAAGGAAAACAAGACCCCUGGCCCGCCAGCAAGUCCUGGGGGCUUCGUUUGUAUGUCACAGGACAUCCUGGCCUUAUAUUUUCCAUCCAGAGAAUUAUCUCACCAGUGGCCCCGAGUCCCCCGAUAGGACCCAAUAAAGUUCUAGCUGAGCAGAAACCCCCUACCCGCAUUAUGCAAGGGCCGACGCAACCAUCACCUCCCCACUCUAAUUUCUCUGCUCCCGCCUUCAUUGCCAGUCCCCCCGGACCAAGUCUACUAACCCCAAACCCUUCUGGGACGGGAGACAGACUCUUGAACCUAGUAAAAGGCGCCUAUCAAGCCUUAAAUUCCUCAAACCCCAGUCGAGCUAAAGAUUGUUGGUUAUGUUUUAGCCCUAGCCCCCCCUAUUAUGAAGGUCUCGCUUAUUCAGGGAAUAUAUCCAAUACCACCUCACUCCCUGCCGCCUGCACUCCCUCGGGCCCCCGAUUGACAGUCACCCAAGUUUCGGGAAAGGGAUUAUGUAUCUCCAGCACCCCCCACCACCUAUUAGGCCCCAGGUGUAACUCCACCCAGUUAGUCCCCAGAGGCGCUUACUAUCUCUCCCCUCCUGCCGGCUCAUAUUGGGCCUGCCAAACCGGCCUCACAGGGUGUUUGUCGGCUGAAGUCCUCCACCAACUCAAUGAUUCUUGUGUAUUGAUACAAAUGGGGCCCAGACUCAGCUACCUCACCGAUGAUGAUUUUUUAUCCCGAUAUCUCAGCCCGACCCCUAGAGUUUGCAGAGAGCCAGUCACCCUCACUAUAGCCGCCAUAUUGGGAAUAGGAGGCAUUACUGCUGGGGUGGCCACUGGGGCUACUGCCCUGGCUCGAACUGACAACCCGACCCCUAGAGUUUGCAGAGAGCCAGUCACCCUCACUAUAGCCGCCAUAUUGGGAAUAGGAGGCAUUACUGCUGGGGUGGCCACUGGGGCUACUGCCCUGGCUCGAACUGACAAGUACCUCUUGCUCCAUAAGGCCAUGAAUGAAGAUCUUCAAGCUCUAGAACAGUCGGUACGGGCUUUGACCAAGUCUGUGUCAUCCCUAUCUGAGGUGGUCCUGCAGAAUAGGAGAGGAUUAGAUCUCUUGUUUCUCAAAGAAGGUGGCCUUUGUGCUGCUUUAAAGGAAGAAUGUUGUUUUUAUGCAGAUCAGACAGGCAUCAUUACGGAGACUUUAGAUAAAUUGAAGAAGAGGUUGCAUGAACGAAAGUUAGAGUUUGAGUCCCAUCAGUCUUGGUAUGAAGGAAUAUGGAAUCAAUCCCCAUGGUUUACUACCCUAGUCUCGGCCUUAAUAGUCCCAUUGGUGCGUCUCACUCUGAUCCUAACAUUCGGCCCCUGCAUUAUUUCGUCUGACAUUGGCCAGACUAAUAAAGGUUUAUUUACCAUCUAG